UAUCUCGACAAUGGCGAGAGAACGAGGGAAGGAUGAUAUCGCAUACGCAAUCAUCCCUUUCAAAUUGAUUACAUGGCCUAUAGGCGUAUGGCCACUUCAAGUUUAUGAUAUUUAUUCGCUAUUGCGUUGUGUCUUAAGCACUUGUUGUGUGAGUCUAGUUGUGAUCUUACCCUCUAUGGAGCUAUACAUGGGCUGUACUGACGUAGGGCAGAAGAUAGACUGUCUAAUGUUAAUCUGUUGCGGAAUUCUCGGUGUGCUGAAGAUGACAUGGUUCCGUGUUUAUCCAAAUAGUUUAAUUAUCAAUUACAAUUCUGCUCUGAACGAUUAUCUAACCAUUGAGAACACAAAGGAGCGCGAUAUUAUGAGAAGACAUGCUUUUAUAGGAAGGAUUCUUUGCUUUUCCUUAUUAGCUGGUGCUUACAUUGGUGGUCUAGCAUAUGCAAUAAUUCCUUUUGUAAAUUAUGCCAAAGGAAAUCAAAUUAAUAUAACAAAUGAAGAUGUGAUACUAGAAUACGCUUUACCAUCAAGAUGCGCCCUGGAAUAUUUUAAUUUUCCAAUAAGCAUGUAUAAAAUCUCCUGUCUGAUCCAAAUGAUUGUACUAAUACUAGCGCCUACAACUAAUUUUGAUAAUAGUAACGACGCAUUGUUCCUCAACAUUAUAUUGCAUGUUUGUGGUCAAGUAAACAUUCUGAGGAACCGUUUCAUCAAAUUUGAUGUCACAAGUUCGCGAAUCGACAAUCGAUUCAACGAGCUAAUUCAAAGACAUCGUCAUGUUAUAAUGCUGGCCAGGGAACUUGCCGAUCUGAUCAGUUUUGUAUUACUAAUAGAACUAUUUAUUAUCAGUAUAUUAUUAUGUAUAAUGGGAUUUCAGCUUAUAUUUGCAUUAAAAGUCCAUGAUACUGUUAUGAUAUCAAGAAGUUCAUUUAUAUUAAGUGUCUUUUUGAUACAAUUAACAUUGUACAGUUUUAUUGGAAAUUAUCUAAAAUCUGAAAUGGAAGAGAUAGGGCACUCUAUUUAUCAAAGUGUUUGGUACAAUUUUCCUAGAAAGUUAAUAAAAAGUGUAAUCUUUGUUCUUAUGCAAACACAAUCUCCAGUCGCGUUACAAGCUGGAAAUUUCAUCGUAAUCAAUCUGUCAACUUAUGUGACCAUCUUAAAAACCUCUUUUUCAUAUUUGUCUCUGCUGCGUAUUAUGCUUGGAGUGUGAAAUGUAAAGUGCGAAUAAAAAAAAAUUUGUGC